AUAUAGAUCAAAAGGAUACGUUAAUGGUUGCGUGACAUUUAAACACGAAUAGAAUUUUUCUUACGAAAUAUCGAUCCUUAGAAAUGACGUAGUUAGUAAACGUAUGGAUGUUGUCUCGAUCAAGUAACCUGGUGUAACAUUUGCAAUCAGACUUUUGACAGUUUACAGAACAAUUCGAUGCAGUUAAUAAUGUCGACGGGUUUUGGAUUGCAUUUUAAACGAAUUUCAUGGGUAUUAAUAAUAUCAGUCAAUCAAAAAGACAUCAUUCGUGAAUCUAACGUCUAGUGAGUGGCUUCUGCAUGGAGAAAUGGCUUCAAGAUAGUACUCUUUGGCUUUUUGGUAGUACACUUCCAUUACUACCAAGAAGGUCUCGUGCACCAAGCAAAGCAAUGGAACGUUAUGAACGAUUGGGACGUCUUGGGGAGGGUAGUUAUGGAGUUGUCUUCCAGUGUCGAGAUCGGCAUACGGGAAAGUUGGUAGCCGUCAAAAAAUUUCAACAAACAGAGGACGAUCCUCUUAUAAGAAAAAUUGCACUUCGAGAAAUACGAUUGCUUAAGAAUUUGAAACACCCAAAUUUGGUAAAUCUUCUGGAAGUAUUCAGACGAAAGAGGAAGUUACAUUUAGUAUUUGAAUAUUGCGAACAUACAUUAUUAAAUGAGAUGGAGAAAUAUCCACAUGGUUGUCCAGAUCUCAUGAUCAAACAGCUCACAUGGCAAAUUCUUCAGGGCAUUGCAUAUUGUCACCGACUUGGUUGCGUUCACAGAGAUGUUAAACCAGAAAAUAUUUUAAUUACGGCAGAGGGAGUUGUUAAGCUUUGUGAUUUUGGAUUUGCACGAAUGCUUAGUCCAGGUGAAAAUUACACGGAAUAUGUUGCAACGAGAUGGUAUAGAGCACCAGAAUUAUUGGUUGGUGAUACUCAAUAUGGAACACCUGUAGAUGUUUGGGCAAUAGGAUGCGUAUUUGCCGAAUUAAUUCGAGGAGAGGCUCUAUGGCCUGGAAAAUCAGAUGUGGAUCAACUUUAUUUAAUAAGAAGAACUGUGGGUGAUUUAUUACCAAGACACAUAGCAAUAUUUCAGCAAAAUGAAUUCUUUGCUGGUAUAACGCUUCCAUCACCGCAAACACUUAUACGAUUUAAAGAUAUUUUUCCUGAUAGACCGAAUACGCAUUUACAGAUUGAUUUUUUGGAAAAAUGUUUGGACAAAGAUCCCAAUGUAAGGUUGACGUGUGAACAAUUACUGCAACAUGAAUACUUCGAAAAUUUUCAUUUCAAAAUUCCUGACGUUGAAUUAGAAGAAUUCGAGAAACUCAAAAAGUACAGAGAUCGUUCGAGACUUAGUCAAAUAAAUAAUCACGUUGUUGAAGAUCAUGGAUAUCGGACCGAUAAUUCAAGAUUCAAUCAAAUGCUAUUACCACAACUUCCUCAAAUGAACAUUAUCACGCAUGGUCAAAAUGACAAUCGGCCUAAAAGCACGACCAUGCACCAUCAGCAAGGCUUUGAUCAUUUGCCUACGAUAAGAGGCUGUAAUUAAUAUUCUCCGUAUUACAUUGUAAAAUACAUAACAUAUUUACUUGUGAUACGUUAAAUAUA